AUGGAGAAGGUUAGAGAAAGAAAACAAUGUAUUUCUGUAGAACUAACGGGAAAUAAGAGAAAGGAAAAAGAAGAAGAAGUUCAUUGGAAAAAAAAGUUUGAGAAAGAAAGUGUUGAGAAGGACAGAGAAAUGAAGGAAUGUAUUGAGGAAGAAGAUACAAUGAUAUUUUUGUACCUUUUUGUAAUCCUGUGUAGCCUGCUGGUCAGAGCAGAGGAGGAGCAGCAGACAGUAGAACAGGAGUCUGAAAGCUACUUCAGUACCUUGGAUUAUAUACUUCUAGCUGGAGUAGGAGCAGCAGCUAUUUAUUAUCUGCUCUUCAGGGAGAAGGAAGACGACCGUAUUCCUGAAUAUGAGAUUAAGCCUAUGACCGUCAGACAGGAGAGCUUUACAGAGAAGGGUUUCAUUGCAAAGGUGCCAGGUCGACUAGCUAAGGAGGGUGCCAAGUAUGGAAUGAAGGGACUGGUUGCGGAUCCUGAGGAGGAAGAUAUGGAGGAACUUGAGAAACUAAAGGAUCUAGGAGAGGAGUUGAAUGGUGAAUGUUUGGCUGUAUUUAUGAUGGCUACCUAUGGGGAAGGAGAUCCAACAGACAACGCUAUGGAGUUUAAUGAGAAAUUACAAAAUGAUUCGAUUAAUGUCGAAGGACUUAAAUACGCAGUGUUUGGUCUAGGGAACAAGACCUAUGAGCACUUUAAUGCGAUGGGAAAGUUUGUGGAUAAGAAACUUCUAGAACUUGGCGGUAAAAGAGUACACGAGCUUGGUAGUGGAGACGACGAUGCAAAUCUAGAGGACGAUUUUAUUACUUGGAAAGAAGCAUUCUGGAUCUCAGUUUGUGCGGAGUUAAACAUUGAAGCUUCAAGUGAUGAUUUCAACACCCGGCAAUAUACACACAAGGUUCUAGAGGAAGGUAGCUUUGUGGCAGAUAAACUUUAUACAGGAGAAGUAGCGAGGCUGAAGUCUUAUAUCACACAACGUCCUCCCUUUGAUGUAAAGAAUCCUCUAAUGGCGGAGAUUAAGAUAAACCGUAAUAUUCACAAGAAAAUGUGUGUAUCCGACUAGGUUGAUAUUGAAGGAUCUAGGAUACGGUAUGAUGCUGGGGAUCACGUUGCUGUCUACCCAACCAACAACACCAACAUCGUCGACAACCUUAUCAACAUCCUCAACAUCAACGGGGACACAGUCUUCAGAAUGGAUAAUAUGGAUGAAGAUUCAUCUAAGAAAACACCGUUUCCUUGUCCUACAACCUAUAGAACUGCACUUCUUCACUAUGUUGAUGUGACCGCUCUUCCUAGAACUCAUAUACUCAAAGAGCUUGCCAGGUAUACUACAGAUAAUGAGGAGAAGAAUAAAUUGGAGCUUAUGGCUGGAACAACCCCAGAAGGGAAGGCCAUGUAUCAGAAUUGGGUUAUAGAUGACGUUAGACAUCUUCUUCAUAUACUAGAGGACCUACCUUCCUGCAGACCUCCAGUAGAUCAUCUACUAGAACUACUACCCAGGUUACAACCCAGAUUCUAUUCGAUAGCCAGCAGUCCAAAGGUGUACCCGAACUCCAUUCAUAUCUGUGGAGUAGUUGUAGAAUAUGAGACUCCUACUGGUCGAACUAAUCUAGGAGUAGCAACUACUUGGCUCAGAGAGAAGAUCCCAGCUGGUGAAAACUAUCCCAAAGUUCCUGUAUUCGUCCGUCGGUCACAGUUCCGGCUGCCGAAUCGGCCACAGACGCCGGUUAUCAUGAUCGGACCGGGAACCGGUUUAGCCCCGUUCAGAGGAUUUAUUCAGGAGAGAGCUUGGCAGAAAGAGCAGAAUAAACCUGUUGGUCCAACCUUGCUCUAUUUCGGGUGCAGAAAUAAGGACCUGGAUUAUAUUUAUCAGGAGGAACUAGAAGAAUGGGAGAAAAGUGGAGCUCUAGAACUUCAUGUGGCUUUUAGUAGAGAUCAGGCUGGGAAGAAAUAUGUGACUCAUCUCCUCAAGGAGACAGGGGAGAGAGUCUGGGAACUACUGGAUCAGGGAGCCCAUCUGUACGUAUGUGGAGAUGCUAAAAUGAUGGCAAAGGAUGUCAGGAAUAUCAUUCAGCAAAUUUGCAAAGAGUACGGGAAAAUGUCUGACUCUGAUGCUGAUGCUUAUGUAAAAAAGUUGGAAACACAGAAGAGAUAUUCAGCUGAUGUUUGGAGUUAAAAUGGCGGACUCAAGGAAUCAGCUGUUUUUCACCAGCUGAUUUGGUUCAACUUUAAGCUUUAUAACUAUUAUUGUUAUUUAAUAGAUUUAUUACAAUAGUUCUUAAUUACUUUGAAACUAGAUUAUUUGAAUCGAUCUUCAAAUUAAAAUCUAUUUAUUGAUCUUUCAACAUUUGAAUCCACGAUAAUCUUCCUUUUAAUACAAUUUCUGUGUUUUAAAUCGAUAAUUAUGUCAAAUCAACUGUUUACGAAUCAUCAGUAAAUUUGUAAAAUAUAUUUUUUAACAUCCUG